AGCUGCAGCCAGGGGCUCCCUGGAGAGAAUUCUGCCACGUAAUGAGCUCCCCCCAUUCCCAGAGCUGCUUUCCUGGGGCUCCCAGUGAGCAGGAGGAGGCAGAGGCUGAGCUUUCCCUCUCCAGGCUCCCAGCCAGAGCCUCCAGAGCUGCCUGAGACACUGGCAGGGCUGGGGACAUCCUCCUCCUCCUCCUCCUCCUGCUCCUCCUGCUCCUGCUCAGGUGAUGGACUAACAGGGAAACGCAGCAAAAUGAAGGUCAGUCACAGCCUGGCCAAGGCUCUCUACGACAACAAGGCGGAGUGCUCGGACGAGCUGGCGUUCCGCAGAGGGGACAUCGUGACGGUGCUGGAGCAGCACGUGGCGGGCAGCCAGGGCUGGUGGCACUGCUCCCUGCACGGCCACCACGGGCUGGCCCCCGCCAACCGCCUGCAGCUCCUGCCGCCCUCCACGGAGCCGCCAGCCGCGCACAGCAUCUACCAGGUGCCCUCCGUGCCCUCCGUGCCCACAGCCACGGCGCCCUCGGCCACCUACGAGAAGAUGGAGGGCUGGGUUCAGCCCCAGCUCGUGUACCAGGUGCCAGCCCUGGCGGCGCAGCUGCUCAGUGAGAGGCCCAAGCGCUCCACGCACCAGCACCUGUUUACCCUGCCCAGAGCCUGCAGGGCUUCAGCCCCCAACAUCAGGGGUGAGGUGUACGAUGUCCCCUCCUCGCAGCACCGCGGGUCCCCGCUGCCACAGAGUGCUGCCACUCCCCCCAGCACAAGGAAGGUCUCCAUGCUGGGCAGAUCCACUGAGAGCUUCCAGGCAGAGCAGAAGCAGCUUUACAACAUCCCAUCCAAGGCAGAAAAGGGAGGAGCUGGCAGCCAGGACUCAGCAGCAGGCAAUUUAUAUGAUGUCCCUCCCAAAAGAGAGCUCAAUGACUCAGAAAAUAAAUCUCAGAAGAAGUUCUGGGGCCAUUACAACACCUUGCCGAACCCUCGGAAGUCUGAAUGGAUUUACGAUAUUCCAGUAUCCCCUGAAAAUUCCGGAUUCAAACCCACCCCUCCUGGGCAGCCUGUGGAGAAGCAGGUGCUGUAUGACAUUCCCCCAGGCAGGUACAAGGCUCCAGCUGAAGCCAAGGCUGGGAAUCCACAGCUGUACGACAUUCCACCGGCGCAGCGGAAAUUAACGCUUCCAGAAAUCCCCCUGUACGACGUUCCACCCUCACGGGACGCGCUCCUCCUGCCACAGAACGGCAGCUCUGAGCUGCCCCCGAGGCUCCUGGCUGCCAAGGCUGAGAGUCAGAUCUCUGAGGAGAACGUUUAUGAUAUUCCCAAAGGUUUGCCCAGUGCUGGGCACUGCAAGAAAGAGGUGGAAAACAACAGCAACCAAGCACACGGUGCUUCUCCACAGCUCUCCAUGGAUGCCAAGUCAGAAAAUGACAGUUUGUGUGUCUCUAGUGUGGACAGCAGGAGCAGCACUCUCUCCUCAUCCUCCAGCUCUUCUGCUGAGUCAUUUUCUAGGCUGUCACAAUCACCAGAGCCUGUCCAAGAAAUCAAACUGGAGCUGGAAGCAGCCAUCGAGGCCCUGACUCGGCUGCAGCACGGCGUGUCCAGCUCCAUCGCCAGUUUAAUGAUCUUUGUGAGCAGCAAGUGGAGAUUGCAGGAGCACCUGGAGAAAAGCCUGGAGGAGAUCCACAGAGCAGUGGACCACAUAAAGGUGUCACUGGGAGAGUUCCUGGCCUUUGCUCAAGCCCUGAAGGGAAACGCCUCCAACCUCACGGAUAACAACCUGCAGGCCAGAAUUAACAAACAGCUGGAAAUCCUCAUGAACUCCUACAAAAUAUUGACAGAAACGAGGGAAGCUCUCAACAGCUGCAGCUGGUCCCUGGAAGCUUUGGUGCUCAGGAAGCCCCAGAGCAACCCUGAUGACCUGGAUCGCUUCGUUAUGGUGGCCAGGACAAUUCCAGACGAUAUCAAGAGGUUUGUGUCCAUCAUCAUCGCCAACGGGAAGCUGCUCUUCAGGAAGAAUGAGAAGGAGCAAGAAAAGAAGCAACCAAAAGUGAACCCAGAAUGCAAAAUGGCAAAACAGAUCCCAGUGCCAAGAAGAGUAGAAAUUGAGUCACUCCAGAGAAAUGCUCCUGAGAAACCCAGCCAAAGCCAGGUCCCUGUGCAGAAACCAGAAGAAAACUGCAGCGAGGAUUGUGAUUAUGUCCAGUUACAGGUCUUGCCAUGUGCAAAAAAGACUGAAAAUGCCAGCAGGCAGGAGCCUGCCAGGAGAAUCGCCCUCCCCGAGCACUGCAGGCUGUGCUUCGCUGCCCUGCACAAGGCCCUGGGCGUGUUCAGCGCCAGCCUCAGCAGCCAGCAGCCCCCCGAAAUCUUCAUCUCCCACAGCAAGCUCAUCAUCAUGGUGGGCCAGAGGCUGGUGGAUUCCCUGUGCCAGCAGAGCCAGGAGAGCGAGGCCCGGAGCGACAUCCUGCACAGCAGCAGCCGCUUCUGCAGCCUGCUCAAGAACCUGGCCCUGGCCACCAAAAGUGCAGCCCUGAAAUUCCCCAACGCCGAGGCCAGCAGGGAGCUGCGGGAGCAGGCGGAGCAGCUGGCCCAGUACACCCAGCAGUUCCGAGCCAUGAUGGACUGAGGGGCCACUGCUGCUCCUGGGCACCGGCUCACACCCUGAGCUCCACCACGAAUGCCCUGGGUGCUGGUGCAGAUCCCCCCACUCACAAUUCCUUCCAGGAACUCCCUGGGUGCUGGUUCUGGUGCAGAUCCCCACUCUGAACUCCCACCAGGAACUCCCUGGUAGCAGGUGAAGAUCCCCUCAUGCACAAUUCCCACCAGGAAUUGCCUGGUAGCAGAUGAAGAUCCCCACUCAGAAUUCCCACCAGGAAUUCCCUGGGUGCUGGUUCAGGUGAAGAUCCCCUCACUCAGAAUUCCCACCAGAAAUUCCCUGGGUGCACUGGUAGCAGGUGAAGAUCCCCUCACUCAGAAUUCCCACCAGAAAUUCCCUGGGUGCUGGUUCAGUUUAAGAUCCCCCUCACUCAGAAUUCCAGCAGGAAUUCCCUGGGUGCUGGUUCAGUUUAAGAUCCCCCCACUCAGAAUUCCCAGCAGGAAUUCACUGUGUGCCAGUGCAGGUGAAGAUCCCCACUCAGAAUUCCUUCCAAGAACUCCCUAGUAGCAGUUGAAGAUCCCCACUCAGAAUUCCCACCAGGAAUUCCCUGGGUGCUGGUUCUGGUGAAAAUCCCCUCACUCAGAAUUCCCACCAGGAAUUGCCUGGGUGCUGGUUCAGGUAAAGAUCCCCCCACUCAGAAUUCCCACCAGGAAUUGCCUGGUAGCAGUUGAAGAUCCCCACACGCAGAAUUCCCACCAGGAACUCCCUGAGUGCUGGUUCUGAUGAAGAUUCCCCCCCUCAGAAUUCCCACCAGGAGCUCCCUGGGUGCCAGGGCAGGUGAAGAUCCCCACAGCAGCUGAUGCAGAAUUAAAUCUGCACUUUCUUCUCCUCUCUUCACAUCCUGCCUGGAAAUGUCAUUGUCACAGUGGCCAGGUGGGAAUGUUUGCUGUGUAUUGGAGCAAAAGCUGUUGAUUAUUGGACUGAUUUCUUAUUUUUUGUUCUCUAUGUAUGUCUGAUAAAUGUAUUUUCUUUUUUUAAUUGUUUUUUUCUAUUCCUGUAAAGUCUGUCUUUAAAUGUAGCUGGAAAAUGUUCUGUAACUUAUGAUAUCCCAAUAUCAAUUGUUU